AUGAAAUUGAUUCAAGAAAAUGUUGAGAGUCUGUCCUUACCAUUUGUGUGGGAACACGAACCAUUUGAAUGCCUUUUUCUGCAAUGGAUUAUGUUAGUUAGGAUAGUAGUGGGAGAAGAGAUCAUAUCCAUUGUCAGUGCUUAUGGGCCCCAAGUUGGGCUCGACGAAGAUGCAGACAACUACAACUCGGUACAUAAAGGGUUUGGUUUGGGGGCAAGGAAUAAGAGUGGGGAGAAUUUGCUGGAGUUUGCGCUAGCCAAAAAGUUGGUUAUAGCAAACUUGUUCUUUAGGAAGAAAGAUGAGCAUUUGAUAACAUAUAAGAGCAUCAGGCAUGCAACCCAAGUUGACUAUUUCUUAGUGCGCAAGGGAGAUCAGGCCUCAUGGCACUGGUUUUUAGGAUGA